UGUGUGCCCUGCUUGAACAGUGAGCAAUGUCAAUGCAGAUAGCACUUGUGGUGAUGCUUAAUUCACCAACAAUUAUUGUUAAUUUGAUGGUAAUCCUCUCGUUCGUAGUCCCCUUCCUUCUUCCUGGUGGUGUGGCGCAGCGUGUGGUUGCUGGAUCAUCCCAUGUGGCACUCCUGGCACCGUUGGAUGCGAUCUUAUCCAGGCCUUCCCUACCACUGACGCACCUCUCUUUCUUUCUGCUUCUGCUUGUGCCCCAAAUUUGCUGUCGCGCCGAUCCCGCCGCCGCCCACGCGACCUCACCUGUCGCCGAGGACUGGGCGCGCUUCCACCCACGCCGCCGCGCGAGUUCGCCGUCCCAGGCCCUCCUGGAGCUUCAUACAGAGAAGGGAACAACAUCGAAUACCAUGAGCUCGUGCUGCCCUUUUGCAGGAGCUACCACUGGUGGCGGCGUAUGCCCUGUGAAAGCCACCGAUCAGAGCAGCGCUGGGUUAUGCCCCGCAGCAAAAUCUGACAAGAGCAUCACUGGUGUAUGCCCUGUGACCGGCAAGGGUCAUGGCAGUGAGCACAAGGAAAGUAUCGAUGGUGGUGAAGAAAAGGGCACCGAUGAUCCUCGUAUGGUGCCGGCAAAGUGCCCGUUUGGCUACGACUCCAACACCUUCAAGCUGGGUCCGCUCAGCUGCAUUGUCUGCCAGGCGCUGCUCCAUGAAAGCAGCAAAUGCAAGCCGUGUGCCCAUAAAUUCUGCAAGGCAUGUAUUUCACGCUUUAAGGACUGCCCGCUGUGUGGUGCUGAUAUAGAGGGGAUUGAGCCUGAUGCUGAGCUUCAAGCGCUUGUUGAUCGGUUCAUUGAUGGCCAUGCCAGAAUCAAGCGGUUACAUGCUACAGGGGAUGUGGAAGCAGCAGAUUUCAAGGACAAAGUCAUAUAUGAGGAUGUUUCGAUGGAGAGGGGAGCUUUUCUGGUGCAGCAGGCUAUGAGGGCUUUUCGCGCCAAGAACAUUGAAAGCGCAAAAUCAAGGCUCACUAUGUGUGCUGACGACAUCAGGGAGGAGUUGAAAUCUUCAGAAGAUAAUCUAGACCUAUGUUCGCAGCUUGGAGCUGUAUUAGGAAUGCUUGGGGACUGCUGUCGGACCUUAGGAGAUUCUCCUUCAGCAAUCACACACUAUGAAGAAAGUGCUGAGAUACUCUCGAAACUCCCCACAAAAGAUCUUGAGCUAGUUCAUACUCUCUCUGUUUCACUAAAUAAAAUUGGUGACCUUCGCUACUAUGAUGGGGACCUCCAAUCUGCAAGGAACUAUUAUGCCCGUUCAUUGGAUGUUCGCAGAAAUGCAGUAAAAGAGCACUCAGCAGUGGCUUCCCAGGUCAUUGAUCUAGCAACUUCUCUUGCCAAAGUUGCGGACGUGGAUAGAAAUCUUGGGAAUGAGAGCACUGCAGUUCAAGGUUUUGAGGAAGCAAUUCAAUGCCUUGAGAAGUUGAAGCUGGAUUCUGAACAAGCUAGCCUUGAACAACGGCGCCUCUCAGUUCUCGACUUCCUGCACAACCAGUUGGCAGAUAAGUGAGGCAUGGUCUUCUCACAUCAUAUAUCUUGUCAUGGUUACUGAUGGAAGAGGUGUUCAACACCACAAUUCUUUUUUCUGUUUACCUAUCGAAGGAGUUGCUCGAGAAAUAGCUCGUGUUUUUUUUGUGUGUUUUACCACCACUUAGAAACACUUUUCGUGGCACAUAAUGUGUAGCACUGUAAAUGUAUGUAUGCUCAGCUCAGCCUCAGCGCAUAAGAUGGCUGCCAAUAUGAUCUAUUAGUGUCAUCAUGCUAAACCUGCCUCUUGUAUAUAUAGAAUACAAGAAGACAGGGAAAUAGUAACGGAAGCAUGGCUGACGUGUGAAUGUGUGAUGUGUUCUGUAUAUAAGCGAAGCGAUGCAUUCACAGGUGACUGCAUAUUUUAGCUGCCUUUCUGGUAAUCCUGGGCCAUGAAA